ACACAUCCGCCAUUUGCAUUUUGAGAAGAAGAAGAUAUCUGACAGGAAAAAGUCGAAAAAAUUACUUUCUGCCAGCCGAGCUAUUUGAACGUGUGAUAUUUCUGCAAAAUGGGUUCCCGCAAUGAGUGCCGCAUCUACGUAGGAAACCUGCCACCUGAUAUCCGUACUAAGGACAUCCAGGAUCUGUUCCACAAGUUUGGAAAAGUCACGUUCGUAGACCUGAAGAAUCGGCGUGGGCCGCCAUUUGCCUUUGUUGAGUUUGAAGAUGCGCGCGAUGCGGAUGACGCAGUUAAGGCCCGUGAUGGUUACGACUACGACGGGUACCGCCUGCGCGUAGAGUUCCCGAGGGGCGGCGGUCCCGGCAGCUAUCGCGGCAACCGCAAUGACCGCAGCCGUGAUGGCGGUCGUAUGGGUGGUCGCGGGCCUCCGGCUAAGCGUUCCCAGUACCGUGUCAUGGUCACUGGUCUCCCAGGCUCUGGUUCGUGGCAGGAUCUGAAGGACCAUAUGCGUGAGGCAGGCGAUGUGUGCUUCGCGGACACCUACAAGGAUGGCUCCGGUGUGGUAGAGUUCCUGCGCCAUGAGGACAUGAAGUACGCCAUCAAGAAACUUGACGACUCUCGCUUCCGUUCGCACGAGGGCGAGGUUGCCUAUAUUCGGGUGCGAGAGGACAGUGGCGACAACGACCGCAGUGGUGGCGGCGGCGGAGGAGGUGGCGGCGGUGGUGGUGGUGGUGGCGGUGGAGGCCGCGAUUACCGCGACAGGUCUCGCUCACGCUCCUUUUCGUCGAGGCCGCGGCGUAGGGGAACACCCACAUAUUCGCCAGUGCGGCGUCAAUCCUAUUCCAGGUCUCGCUCACGCUCUAAUUACUAAACACUACCAAGCAUUAUCCAUUAAUAUAAAAUAUUUUUUACGAGCAGGAACCGUUAGGAAAAGCAAGCUAAAUUAAGAAUGCCCAUUCAAUGUUUGUUCAAGUCCCAAAACUACAUUGUAAUUGACAAGCAAGCUAUAUCAAGCAAAAUCAAUCCUUCAUUCAAGUUUCGAGCUCUCGUCGAGGCCAAUCAAAGUCUUUUAACCACUUGCUUUUCCACCAGAGCCACAGAUCUAAAGAUGCAGAGCAAAUAUCUUAAAUAACAUCUUAUCUGGCAUAUUUUUGACAAAAAAUAGUUUUUAUAAUCGCAAAUGCGAACCAGGGAGCAGCCACAUUUCCACGUAGCAUUCCCUGUUUCGCAUUUCGAUUAUUUUUAACCCUUGCCAGCCUCUGCAUCAUGCUAAAUUAUUUAACGAGCUCACUUUUUUGGGUCCAUUUACCACCAAGCAUAAUUUAUUAGAUUUUACCUUAACGAAAACAACAAACAUCGAUACAGAAUAAAUAUGUUUAUAAUGAAAGAACAAAAAUAAGAAACUGAACACAAACUGAAAUGUCAAAGAAAUUGAUAAGCUAACUAUUAAUACUUACAUUUUUAUUUUCUUCUCUUCCCCAAUUUGCGCGUUUAUGUUUGGAGAGUGAUGAGGAUGAGGAGGAUUGAUAAUGGAGGAUGUGGAUGAGGAUUAAUGGAGGAGGAUAAGGAGAAGGAUAUUUUGAUGUUGAUUUGUCGAAAGUGGAUAAUUUGGAUGGAAUUUAGUGGAGGCAGGAUGUGUCUAUAGAUCUUUAUAAAUAUGUGUAUAUUUAAAAGAUAUCAGGAAUGGAUUUGGAUUUAGGAUUGUUCUGUGGACUGUCCCUUCGCUAGGACAACGUGGGAUGCAGUAUCCUUUGGCUAACUCGCGUCUCCAAGGAGAAGGAGGAGGAUAUGGAGACGGAGAAGUUUCAUUUUUGCUCCACUACCGAGGAUAUUGUGUCUAUCCUUUGGUCAUAUCAUGGUAUGGGUAAAACACAUUUUUGGAGGUGGAGAAGGAACACACUAUUUGGCUUGGACAGGCUCUGCCGGACUUCGCGCCUCGCCUCGCUUCUCUUCUCUUCAACGUCCGCAUGACGGUCGGGAUUAGGAUUCUAUUGGAUAUGCUCACAUGCGUUGUUCUGGCCUUCUUCGGAUCGCACCCACAGACUUUCGCAAUCGCAAUCACACUCACACAGGGAACCGCGUAUUUCGAGGCCUUUGCGCCCCAGUCGUUGUGUCAUUGACAGGAUUUGCUGUGCAUCAUCCAACGUUGCUUGCAGCCAACGCUGGAUAGUGGAUAGUGGUCCUUGGUCUGCUCCGCCUCCCUCUUUCUUGCCUCCUAUCGGUAUGUUCGAUGCCACUCUAUUUUUACAUAUUUUAUUUUGCGUUUUAGUUUUAUAAUUUACGUAAAUAUUCUUACCAUGCUCUUUCGUCUCCAUUCGUGUUGUUGUUACCUUCGGAACGUGAAGAAAACGUAAUGUGGGUUUUUUUUUUUUUAUUUUUGUUUUCCACGUUUUGAACAGAAAAACAUUGAAAUUUCCCGCUUAAGUGGCCCACGUCCGUUUCAUUUGCAUGAAGUUUCCUUUUUUCCCGAUGUAAUGUAACAAUCCGCACAGAAAAUAAAUUCUUUUUAAAUGGA